AUGAUGGGUAUCAUAAAAAUUAAGGGUUCCCAUGAAAUAGUUAAAUAAAUUAUCAAUAUAGUUAAUCUAUUCAUUGAAAUGAUUGCAAUAAUCUUAAAUUUCAACAAAUUUGGUGAUGUGACUAAUGCAAUUCCAAAUGUUUAUAUAAUAAUAAUUGAAUCAUAGAUCAUAAUACAUAUCUUAUAUGCUAAUAAACUAUGAUGAUGAAUUGAAAAGGUAAUCAAAAUCAUUAUAAAUUUGAAUAUCCUCAGAAAUUUGUAUAUUUAAAUUUCUCCAAUAAUUUCAGUAUAUGAUAAAAAGAGGAUUGCCAAUAUUACUAUGAGUAGAAUAUUACAAAUAUCGAUAAUCUCAACUCUUUAAGAUUGA